CCCUAGGAGCUUGGGCCUAGGUUAGGUUAUAUUCUAAUAUCUACCUGGCUAUCUUUUUUAUGUAAAAUUAAAAAACAACUAGUUUGUUAAAAAUUUUAUCAUCAAAAUAUAAUAUAAUCUUAAAUAAUUCAUGUCAUUUUUGCUUAUCCAUAGACCACGGACGAAGAAUAUUCUAUCCGUGCUGUAGACAGUUUAUUUACUUUUCUGAGAUCGUAAUUAUUAACUAUUAUGUUUUACUGAUUAGAAUUUUCAUUAAUUCAUAUUAUAAUAUUCGAAUUUUUAAAAUUUUAAAUAAAAUAAAUAUGGUUAGCAUUGAUUAUAGACCCAAGUUGUCUGGUUUAUAGUUGAUUAUUGGACCUUGGACUUUAGCUUGAACAUUGAUUAAUUACAAUUUUGGUGUAAAUAAAAUCCUGUUAUUGAAGAAGGAUUAUAUUAUUUGUUACCUAUUUUCAAUAAAAUAAAAUGGACUCAAAUGACAAUAAAGGAGAUAAUGCAAAUGUAGAGACUAAAAUGACUAAAAAAGAAGAAGGCACUGAAGGUGUUGACGAAAAUGGAGUAAAAUAUAUUAUAUAUGAAGAAAAUAGUGUGGAAAUCAAUGAAAAUGCUGAAGAGUUAGAUUUAAAUCAUCAAAGACUGGAUAAACUUGAAAACUUUGAAAAUAUGAUAAACCUUCGCUCUUUAUGUCUUCGUUGGAACCAUAUAAAGACAAUUGAAAAUAUUCAAAUGCUUGUUUCUCUUAAUGAACUUGAUUUGUAUGAUAACCAAAUAACUAAAAUUGAAAAUCUGUCCAGUCUUAUUAACUUAAAAGUGCUUGAUUUAUCAUUCAACCGUAUAAAAGAAAUUGAAGGUCUUGAACAUUUGAUCAAUUUAGAAAAAUUGUAUUUAUCCAGUAAUCGAAUAACUAAAAUUACAAAUGUUAAUCAUUUGUUAAAUCUACAAAUGCUGGAAUUGGGAGACAAUAAAAUUAAGACAAUUGAAAAUAUUGAAUGUCUCACUGGGCUUACAGAAUUAUACUUUGGAAAAAAUAAAAUUGAUAAAAUACAACAUUUAGACACAUUGGUUAACUUAAAAAUAUUAAGCUUACAAAAUAAUAGUUUAACCAAAAUUGAAAAUCUUAACAAAUUGAUUUCACUGGAUGAAUUGUAUCUAUCUGAAAAUGGAAUUGCAGUAAUUGAAAACCUUGAAGAUAAUAUUAAUCUUGGAACUCUAGAUUUGUCUAUGAAUAAAAUUUCUAAAAUUGAAAAUAUAACACAUUUACAAAAAUUAAAAGAAUUUUGGAUCAAUGACAAUCAAAUCAAUGAUUGGAAUAGUGUUCAAAUUUUGGAUCAUUUGAAAAAACUAGAAACUAUAUACUUGGAACACAAUCCAUUAAGUAAGGACAGUGCUUACAGAAGGAAAAUUAAAUUAAUUAUGCCUUGGAUUGCUCAAAUUGAUGCUACAUUGGCUCGAUAAAUUAUCCAAAUUGUUUAAAAAGCUUAUUUAAAUUAAUGAAACUCACUCAUAGCAUUAUACAAUGUUGUUAAUAUUAUAGUUUUUUUUAGUGUUUAUUAUUAAUUUGUAUAGUGUAUUUAAAAGCUCUUAAUUAAAUAUGUAUAAUAUAUAAUUGUGAAUUGAAGUAUUACUAUGUAAGAUCAUAAUAAAGCAUAUAACAAUAUAUCAUA